CCGCGCGCGCGCCGGCAGUUCGGCCACGUCCCUGGCCACGUCGCGCCCGCUCUCGCCAUCUUCGCAGCUUCCUGUCUGUGGCCGCUGCCGCCCCCGCUGCCUGAGCCGCGGAGCCUGGGGCCGCCGCGCAGACCGCCGCCGCCAUGAACAUCUUCCGGCUGACCGGGGACCUGUCCCACUUGGCGGCCAUCGUCAUCCUGCUGCUGAAGAUCUGGAAGACGCGCUCCUGCGCCGGUAUUUCUGGGAAAAGCCAGCUUCUGUUUGCACUGGUCUUCACAACUCGUUACCUGGAUCUUUUUACUUCAUUUAUUUCAUUAUAUAAUACGUCUAUGAAGCUUAUCUACAUUGCCUGCUCCUAUGCCACGGUGUACCUGAUCUACAUGAAAUUUAAGGCAACCUACGAUGGAAAUCAUGAUACUUUCCGAGUGGAGUUUCUGGUGGUCCCUGUGGGAGGCCUUUCGUUUCUAGUCAAUCAUGAUUUCUCUCCUCUUGAGAUUUUGUGGACCUUCUCCAUUUACCUUGAGUCAGUGGCUAUCCUACCACAGCUCUUCAUGAUCAGCAAGACCGGGGAGGCCGAGACCAUCACCACCCACUACCUGUUCUUCCUGGGCCUCUAUCGUGCUUUGUAUCUUGUCAACUGGAUCUGGCGCUUCUACUUUGAGGGCUUCUUUGACCUCAUCGCUGUGGUGGCCGGCGUUGUCCAGACCAUCCUAUACUGCGACUUCUUCUAUUUGUACAUUACAAAAGUACUCAAGGGAAAGAAGCUCAGUCUGCCAGCGUAAGUGCCAAAGACCAUGACCAGCAUCUGUCCUUCAGGGUGCUCGGACAGAAUUCUUAUCACAGCAAAGGCACAAGAUGCUUCAUAUGGAAAAUCAGAAACUUAACUCUUUUGUUGCAGAUAGUCAUCUAUGGCUCUGUAAGAACCCAGAGGGAAAGAACCAGAAGGUUUCUGUUCAAUGCAUCUUGCCUUAUCUUUUUUUAUUACUAUGUACAAAGAUUUUUUUACACAAAGAAACUUAAUGCUGUAUUAAUAAAGUCAGUGUGUAGCUUCAA